CCCUGGAAAAGCCAUGAAUUUUGAAUUUGAGAGGGAGAUCGGGUUUAUAAAUAGCCAGCCUUCACUCGCAGAGUGCCUGACGUCUCUUCCCGCUGUCCUGGAGACAUUUCAAACUUCAUCAAUCAAGGACUCGACAUUAAUUCCUCCUCCUUUUGAGCAAACCGUCCUCCAAAGCCUGAAUCCUUGUUCUGGCAGCCAGGCACGACCGAGGAGCCAAAAAAGAGCAUCCCAUGGCCUGCUCCAACCCCAGCCCCCGGCGCCGGCACAGCCCAGCCCCUUGGCAGCGGAAUUCCCUUGGAUGAAGGAGAAGAAAUCGUCCAAGAAAACCACCCAGGCUCCGUCCUCUUCGUCCUCCCCAUCAUCUUCCUCGGUGCCGGUGCCUGCCGCAGGAUCUCCCGCAGACACGCCGGGGCUGGCGGACAGCAGCGGCUCCAGGAGGCUCCGCACCGCCUACACCAACACGCAGCUGCUGGAGCUGGAGAAGGAAUUCCACUUCAACAAAUACCUCUGCAGGCCCCGGCGCGUGGAGAUCGCGGCGCUGCUCGACCUCACCGAGCGCCAGGUCAAGGUGUGGUUCCAGAACCGCCGCAUGAAGCACAAGAGGCAAACCCAGCACAAAGAAACCCCGGACGGGGAGCUGCCCUUCCCCGGCCUGGACGAGGGCAGUGACCCCGCCGAGGAGCCCGAGGGCAGCCUCGGCUUGGGGACAGCCCCGGAGCGCGGAGGGAGCGCGGGGGCGAGCGCGGAGCCGCCCGGGGUGGCCGCGGGCGAGGGCAGCGCUGGUUGCGAGUCUCCCGUGCUGCCGGAGCUGAGCCUGUUCCCGGCCGAGCCGUGCCUGCAGCUUUCCCAGGGGUUUUCCCCCGCUGCCCACGGCUCCCUGGAGAGCCCCCUGCGCUUCUCCGAGGAGGAGCUGGACUUUUUUACGAGCGCACUUUGUACCAUAGACCUGCAACAUUUCAAUUUCCAAUAGCGGCCUCCUGUCCCUCCCAUCCCACCCGGGUGUUUGGGGCCACCAGCCCCAGCCCGGCCGCUGCCAGCGCCCCAAAAUCCGCCCUAAAUCAACCUCAAGCCAUUUCUCAUUCAGUCACCUCCUCCCACUUCCCUCCUAAAGCUCCGUGAGACCCAAAUCGCCCUCCCAACACUCAUUUAGCGGCCCGAGUUUUGCUAAAAUGCAGGUAUUUGAUGGUAGUUUUAUUUAUUUUUGUCCCCUUAUUUAUUUCAAAGGAAGCAGCCGGUAGUUCUCACGCACAGCGGAGAUGUCAGCCCUCGAGAGAGAGAGAGAGAGAAAAAAUAUUUGUAAAUCCUCCCAGCGACUUUCUCAGGAAUCAGAACGAGAUUUUAGAUUUCGUAAUAAAAAUAAAUUAAAAAAAAAAAAAGAAAAGAAAAAAAGAAAUCAGGGGAAAUUUCCUUCCUCUUUUUACGUUUUAGAUGUAGCCUAUUUAUUCAAAUCCUUUCAUAGCAAAGGGCAAAUUAUUUAUUGUAUAUUAUUUUCAUAGAGUAAAUAAAUGUCUUUAUAAA